AUGGACCAAGACUUUACCCCCUUGAGCUUUGGCCAAAAUAAGGGUUUCUCGGCGGAUUCUUUUGAUAUGGAAGUUGCCGCUGCUAGGUUUGGUGGUCAUGGGUAUGAAGAAGAAGAUGCAUGGGCGUCUAUGACACUUUGGGUAGCCAUGCGGACAGGCGAUGUUUAUGCCCUCUGUCCACUCUUGCCAUCCAAGUGGCAGGCCUCCACGGUCACUGUUCCAUCUCUUACAUCUUCUAUCGUUCGCGAACUUGCUGUUGCGCAGGCUGAGGCUAUGGAGUCUGAUGACGAGCUCAAGGCAACCCAGCAACAAUACGAAUGGCUCAAAGAAAUGGAUAACCAGGAUAUAUCGGUGGUCGAAGACGAAACGAUGGUUACGGAAAUUCGAGCUCGCCCGACCAAUCCAAGCCCAAUACCGCGACUUCAAGGCCCUUUCCUGCUUGACUUCGAGGGGCUCGAGGAAGACAUGGAUAUCACAGAUAUCCUUGUCAUUGCUCCUCGGGCAGACAUUGACGACCUGAUGGCUGGAGAGGAUGAGCCAGAGCUCCUCAGCGACAACGCCCAGAGUGGGCUUUCUGGCACUAUCAUAUGUCUUUUGACCUCUAUGGGAACGCUUCAUGUGUGUCUUGAAAUGGACGGAGUGAAAGGGCAGUGGCUUCCAAGAACUUGCAAAAAUACAUUCAGCACACCCAUGUCCGAACCCUCUGACCUACUACUCCUAGAAUCACUGGAAACUGUUCGAGCCAAGGACAGGCAGUCAAACAUGUGGCCUAUGUUUUCGGAAGCCUUUGGAUCUCGAUAUGACUUCUUCGUGACCACUGCUAGGACUGUCAGCUUUUUCUCCUUGUCAUCCUGGGUUCAUCGUGUGGAGCCUGAACUAAGAUCUGAAGACACCGCUGGCUCAGCAUUCCGUAUAAAUAUUAUCUGUGACAGCGAAAUUGCGGAACGAGAGCAGUUGCUGCAAUUACCUCCCACAGACAUAGCUCCUGACAGUAGCGAGGAGCAUCUAGCUGGCUGCCUGCCCAUAUUCGACUACGACUUGGGAUAUCUAUUGUUGUCUUUCUCGCCUUCCAAGCCGUGUGCCGUCUUGCUUGACUCCCCUGAGUAUGAAGACUUCAGGGCAUCCAUGGCCCCUUCAGACUCCGAGGAGGCACCAGAGAGCCAUGUACCCGUACCAGCUCAUACACGCCCGCCAUACCAGGUCCCAUCUGUCUUAUACUUACAGUCUCCCCUCGUGUCCUUUGUUGCAGACCAUGUUCCCCACGGGCAUAGACAUACCCUUAAAGAGCCCGUCCGCCUAUCGCCAUCAACUUUGGAACUCUUCACAUCCGCUCACAGGAUCUUGAGCGCAUAUACUCAUGCACUGGAAGUUGCAGCCUCUGAUCUUUUUCGCCGCUGUGAACGGUUACAGGGCGAGAUGCGAGGGCAACUUACGCAGCUCGUCGAGAUUGGCGAGAGAAUACAAGAUGUCUCAAAUGGCACAGUCAGGGGAACGGUGAAGAGACCUCCCGUGGAUCGUGAACAAGUACUUAGUUCAAGGCUGAGUGCGGCCCAAUCGAGACAAGUGGAGCUUACGGAACGAUACAAUAACAUCCGUCUUAGAAUCAUCAAGGCUGGAGGACGACCAAUAAGUGAGAAAGAAAAAGCAUGGAUGAAGGAAGUUGAUGCACUAUCUACCUCGAUCAGUGAAGAGGAUGGAAAGGCCAAGGGUGAAUUAGCAGAACGGCUUGAAACGGCAACUGCCAUAGCUAAGGAACUUCUGUCCAAGAUGAAGAAUAUCCCCGAUGUCGUCGACUCGGCCCCUUCAACGCCCAACACUACACAUCCCAUGGUGCCACAGAGACUACAGAAGGCCAAGGUCGCAGAUGCUAUGAGUAUGGUUGAACGAGAAUCUGCUGUCAUCGACGCUAUCACAUCCAGACUCGAACGACUUUCAUCCAGUUUCCCUGACCUUUAA